AUGCAGCAAAAAAACUGGAUAAGUUUUAUUCUUAUAUUAUGCGUUUUAAUGGUUAGAGAGACCUUUUGCAGUCGACCGGCUGCAGAGAUAGAUGCAAACACAUCUGUUGCUUUUAAUAACCCUGAAAAAAGAAUUUCAAUGGUCAAUACUGCUCCAGACUCUGGUUAUACAAUGCCAUGUGAGAACACAAGAGAUUCGUCGUCUUAUGAUUUGUCAGGAAGAGAAAAAAAGAAUUUUGUUGAAACACAGACAGUGCAUAGUAAGAAAUCGUUACUGUCUAACAAAGCAGCCAUCUUUUUUAUGCUGUUAUUUCUGGUGUUUUUAGCUCUUAUGCUUUAUAGUUUGUUAAAGAUUUUUAACAAUGAUACUAGCGAAAAUCCAUCAAGUGUGUUUAAUCCUGAAUUUAUCUCUCCAAACAAUUCUGUGAAUGUGAACAUGCUAGGUAAUCAAACAGACCAUUUGGACUUGGGCACAGCCAAUACAACUGAAGCAGUUAAUGCUGUGUUUAAUUCAACCGAUAUGCCUAUAAUAAACAAUAACACAAGCACUGAAGUAAUACGCGGAAAUAUAACCGAAAUGAAUAUGCCUUCUAUUAAUAUGAAUACUACUGCGGUGAAUGAAACGAGUAAAUUUUCUACUCAAAUACCUUAUAUUAAUAUGAAUACUACUGCGGUGAAUGAAACAAGUAAAUUUUCUACUCAAAUACCUUAUAUUAAUAUGAAUACUACUGCGAUGGAAAAGGAAAUUAUAGGGGAUAUUGCAGCGGGUUCUAUUAAUAUAACGACUACUCCGAUGGCUGUAUCUAUAAAUACAACCACUGCCGAUAGCGCGCCCACAAGCACUUUCAAAUCCGUAUUGGAUAAUUAG